GCUUUGGCAUAUUAACUACCAUUGUUUUCUAAAUCUUCCUGAAACUGAGCUAGAACACGGUUUUUCCUUUCUUUGCAGACAAAAACGAAGGUGGUAAAGAUGACUUCGCUUAUUGGGAAGAAUAUAUGAAGAGAUUCCACAUCUUAAUGAAGGAGAAUAGUCGGCAUCCUUUUAAAUACGGAGUUUGUACACGGCAGCGUACUCGUCAACAAAAAAAGAUUCCAGAAGCUGUCCGUGGGACACUAAUGAAGCUGCUAGACAUCGAGUCAAGGCCAGGAAACUGGAGGUAUCUGGCUGAAAUUUUAGGAGCUUCUUGCUCAGAUAUACAAUUCCUGGAAAACCGUAACCACGAGUCACCAACGCAACACGUCCUCAACGUAUUUGAAACAAUGAACAAGCCUUUAACUUUUCUGAGAGACAUCUUCAUUGACCUUGAUCGCCACGAUGUUGUUACUGUGUUAAAUGAAGAGAUUAAUAGAUGCUGAAUAGGCCGCUGGUCAGUGAAUGAGCCCACGCUCCUGUCCAACGAAAUCGAUUCGUUCCGCGAUGGAUGUAAUUAUAAAA